GCUUCAUUUUCAAUAUCUUCAACAAUUUCAUCGUUUAAAAGCACUAGGUGAACCAACACUCCCUUCCUUCUAUUUAUAGUCAAAAGUCAAAACAGUUUUCAGACAGUCCACUGUCCGGAACUGCUGUGUAGGUUUUCACACUUCCUCCUUGGCAUUGGCAUUGCUUAAACCCUUUCAUCUACGACUUCCAAUCCUUCACAUACGACAAACAGGCGGGAAAACAGACAUUCAGUAAAGCCGAUUUCCUGCCCUGUCUUAAGAACCUGGCUCAAAAGAGAAAAGAAGACCGAGGCUAAAAGAAAUCUCAUUUUCGACGAUUGAACUACAAUUUCAGUUGAUUUGAGUGAAAUUGGACGCCUUUAGUUGUGAAGAGAUAUAUUUUCGAUUGUUUGAAAUCCUAACUGUGAGACCUGAUACAAACUUAUUGACCUUUUGAAAACUAUAAGGAUAGUCGUUAGUUGUUACAAGUACUUGUAUAUGCAUCACAUAAGCAAUAGGUUACCAAUCAAAUAAAUACAUGCCGAUUUUUUUGGGUUCUGUUUCUGCAAAUGGGCUUUCAAGAGUCGAGAUAUGUCUCUACUGGAGUGCUAUCAAAGGAAAUUGAAUUUGUUAGGGUUGUUUCAGACUUAAUUAACAUCUAAACCCUAAACCAUGGUUAACUUCUUGCUCUUUUGUUUGACUUUGAGGGUUACAUGUCAUACUUAAUAAUUUGCUCCUUUUUGUUUAGAUAUAGUGAUAUGAGAUGAUAUUGAACACCUUUCUAUGUCAAUCAAGUUUAGUGUAGAGUUUUGUGAGUAGCUGUCAUUAUUGGUGAACUCUUCCCUCACCUGAAUGCAAGUUAUCAAAGGAGGUUUCAUUAGGCAAACCUUUGCCCUAGCAAAAUCCAAUGACUCAGCAGGAGGGAAAAGAUCAAAAAGACGCUCAAAAGAGGAAAGAAAAGAAAUGGUGGAAGCUUUUAUAAAGAGAUAUCAGGGGUCAAAUAAUGGAAAUUUCCCAUCACUACGUCUCACACGCAAGGAAGUUGGUGGGUCCUACUACACAGUGCGUGAAGUUUUCCGUGAGCUAAUUCAGGAGAAUCGAGUCCUGGCCCCACCUAAAUUGCCUCCAAGUGAGGAGAACAUGGAGAAUCUAGACAGCUUCUUGGAAAACAAUCAACUGGGUUCCAUUUCAUUUGAUCCAAAAGACAACCAAACACUACUUAAAGAGUAUGAGCUAAGACGGGAAAAAGUUUUGAGUUCAAGAAAGAUCUCUGAACUACAAAGAUGGAAUCUUGAUGAUGAUAUUAUUGUUAAUGGGAGUACUCAUACAACAAUGAAAAAUGAAGAAUUUGAAGAUCCAAGAUAUAAUAAUGGAAAUUUGGAUAGUGAAGUUGAAGAACCAGUGCAUUCAGAAUUGGUUAUGGAACAGGCUACGAAAGGACAAAAAGAUGAAACAGAAGAAGUUAAAGUACAUCAUUUGUCAGAAGAUGUAGUGGUAGAGACUUUUCCAUUGAGACCUGUUUCUAGCAUGGUUUAUAACAUUGAUGAGAAAACAAGUGAGGAAGAGGUAGUGGGUGGUGGUAAUGAUGAAAGAUUUGUUCAUGAUGCAAUCGAAGAUGUUAAAUUUGAGGAAACAUUGCCUGCUGAAGACAAAGCAUCCAGUAUCCCUAAACAUGGUUCUUUAAGCAAUGAAUCAUGGGAAGCAGCAGUAAUAAAGAAACCAGAGAGGCAAGAAACUAAUCCGAUUGUGUCAUUCACCAAAACAUUCUUUGCUGCAUUCAUGAAGUUAUGGUCUGAAUAAAUAGUCAACUUCAGGUUUGCUCAUAUAUAAUAUGGAUUUAAUUGGGGUUGAAAGAAAAUAAUUUUGAUAUGUUUCUUUCAAAGAAAGUUAUUAAGGUUGCAAGUUUGGUUAUUAAUGUGCGUAUUAGUAAUAGAAGACAGGAGGCAAACUUCCAUUUUUGGUUGUGGGGCGACAAAUAAAUAUGUAUUGUAAUAUUUAUUUUCUUUGUGAAAAAUCUGUAAUGGCUUUUGGCAUCAUCCGUUUAUUAUUGAAAAUAUUUGGAAAUGUUUUGUUUGUUCAUGCCAAAAACUCGCGAAGAUAUAGCGUGAUUUUUUAUUUUUGUUAGAAAGAGUAUCCUUAUUUGACUUGCGAAUCAUGUCCUUAGCAUGAAAAUGUAAGCAGUUUGGCUUUAUUUCAAAAAAAGUAAUAGAAACGUAUGCAC